AUGAUAAUGCACGAUGAAGAUAGAGAGCUGGUUGUGGUCACUCGUAGUGGAAAAGAAGCAAUAAGUGAUGUCACAGGAAAUGAAAAAGUGCACACGCAUGAAGAAGGCAAAGGUAUAGAGGAAGAAGAAAUAACCAUCCAUCAAGACAUUGCCAAGAAGCCGCAAAGUGAUGUGGAGAAACACAUGCCAAGCCCAAAAGUUAAGCAGCCUUUACCCAAAAUAUCUCCUCCAUUUACCCAACGCCUCAAGAAGAAGAAUGAAGAUGAGAAGUUCAAAAAAAAUUUAUCGGUGUUCAAGACUCUAUCUAUUAAUCUCCCUCUAGUGGAAGUAUUGUUGGAAAUGUCGGGUUAUGCCAUGUUUAUGAAGGAGUUAGUCACAAACAAAAAUAGCUUGGAUUUUGAGAUGAUCGAAGUUUCUCAUAGUUGUAGUGCAAUUAUGACUACUGAGCUGAUAAAAAAGAAAGAAUAUCCUGAAGCGUUCACCAUCCCAUGCACCAUAGGCAUGCUCCAAUUUGCCAAAGUCUUAUGCAAUUUGGGAGCAAGUAUCAAUCUAAUGCCAUACAUGAUCUAUAAACAACUCGGUUUGGAUGAAGCAAAGGCUACAACUAUGAGACUCUUGAUGGCAGACCGAUCAACUAAAAAUCCAGGGGGAUAUUAUAUGACAUCUUGCUUUGAUUUAGGUUCUCAGCUUCACGAUCACGCAUAG